UGCCGUGGAGACUGGAUGCCGUGGAGACUGGAUGCCGUGGAGACUGGAUGCCGGGGUAAUCUGCCGGCCUGGUCCUAGAUGUCUCCGCCACCUCGUCAUCCCCUCGUCCUGGCACUGAGCCGAUCACGACGGUUCGCACCUGUCAAAACGGUGAAGUGGAGGCCGCGGUAUGACACUUGCUCGUAUGAUGCCAGCGAGUCAGCCGAAUGAUGUCAGGUCGGGAUGUUUGCGCCGGAUGGUUGCGAUUUCUUCUUCCAGAAUUAGUAGCCGGGAUCGUAGUGAAGGUUGGCCGAUGGCACCAUGCCGACAGUUUCCCCCGCAAACUCUCGGCAAUGGCUCCAAGAACCAUCAGGAACUCGGGAAGUCGACAACCCGGGCGCCUCGGAUUACUGGGUCGGCCGGCGCACAUUCGGUUUCGCAACGUGUGCUCCAAGGACCGGCCGCCCGCAGCUAUCCAGGAUGUGCCAAGGAGCCGCUGCUCCGGGCUUCGGACCUUGAUUAGACGGGGUCGGAGGGGUGCUUCGUUGUCGGUCGAGGAUCAGAGAAAACGUUGCAGCUCCUUCAAUGGUCAGCGAACCCCUUACCCAGAACCAGGGGAUCGGGUGCCACAUCGGACCCAGAGUAAAUGCCAGAGUUAGUAAACCUCCGCUUUGCUACCCUGGCGGACGACAUUGGUGACAGACAUGCAACAUGACAAGUCUGCUGUCAACUCUCAAGUUCUCAACCGCCGAUCGAUGGAGCGGGGCGGCACUAGUGAAGUUGGGAGAUUGCUUCGCUUUGACAUAGGGUCGGGGCUCAAUGAUCGGGAUCCAGAAAACCGC